AUGCAGUCGGAGCUAGACGCGAUGGCGGAAGGCGUGUUGGGGAGCCUGCCCUUGGCGUACUUCUUGGUGCGGCCGGAGGGACUGCGGGGGGUACGUGAGGCCACCGCGCAAACCCGGCGCCAUCUCGCGACCCUCCAACGUCAAGCCCAGGCUGCCGGCCGGCUCGGCGGCCCGUUUUGGCGGCCGGAGGAGGCCAACCCUCAGCUCGACCCCGCCGACGCGGCGCUGCUCGAGACAGACCUCGACCGGGGUCUCACACAGCAGCGGGAGAUGCCUUCCCUCACGUUGAUCCAGCACCCGCUUUACACGGACAUGGGGCUGGUACCGCCAGAGGAGCGGCAUCUCGCCCGCCGUGAGCGCAUUGCCCCGAGGGAGCUUUAUCACCAUUUAUCCCAGGGAGGAGGGGCGCCCGGGAGCCCUCAGAGCCCCUGUGCAGGAUUUGCGGCCUCCGGCUUUUCUCCAGACCAAGACACCACAUCUAAGGAGCAGUGCUGGAGGGAAGAGGUCCAGCGUACCUUCCGGCAAGCCCGGGCACUUGAUCAGCAGUUCGACCAAUUAAUUGCGGACCUUGCGCACGGCAAACUGGGCUUGAACAAGGAAGACCAAGAGCAUUUGAAAAUCGCGCGCACGCUGUGGAGUGUGUUGUUUGAGGGCACCACGAGCGCGCAACAGCGCGACGUUUGGCACGCGAUUUGUUGUUUUUCCUUCGCUUAUGACGAUGGCCAGUCGAGUAAACAAGCGAUUCAGGAUCUUAUGACCUCACUGGAGCGACUCCACCUUCCACAGUUCUUAUCCUCAUGGCGUCCACUGAUCCGCAGCUACAUCACCACACUCGAAAAGUAUGUGUUGUCUUUGGGGAACGACAACGCCGUGCGGAAACGCCAGCUCCAUUUCAACGAGACUGAACUGGAUCCUUCGUACAUCGGGGAUUUUCAACCCGAUCUGGAGAUAGGCACCUAUCUUCGUCGCAAGGGUACCAAGUUGGGAGAGAAUCAUAUACCUCUGCCGAUAUACCCGAUUGAGGUGAUACCCGUCUUUCCAAGCGGCUUCACGCGUGCCGUGCAGGAGGGUAUUUCCGCUGAGAAGUCGGCCGAUGGGUCGUUAGACUUCCUUGCCGAGGCUGCGGAGACUCUACAACAAAUGGUGCUUCCAGGUGCCGACAUCAACCCGACGCAGCUGAGUAAGCCGCACGUGCUAGUGGGAGACACGGAUUUACUUGUGGUAGAGGAAGACUUAAAGACACAAUCCGCCGAUGCGGUUCCAUUCCUGCAGCUCGAUCCAUCUGGUCCUCCGACGUCCGUGACGCAGGCCACGGAAGGAUCCGCGAUUAGUUACCAGGCUACAUCCAAGAACACCUUUAGAUUGCUUUACAAGGAUGAUUCGAAUACCAGUAGUUACCUUAUGCACCUCUGGUCUCAUCCUGGGAAGGAAAAUGGUGAUGUGCCGGGCAUCGAUGCGAUGAAGGGAGCUCUCAGCAAAGAAGGCAAGUAUAUCACGUACGAUCGUAUAGGAAUUUGCAAUAUGUAUGUCAAGGCUUCAAACGCUGAUAUGCCGGCCUUAGGCCGACACAUGCUUUUGUUCUCAAAUGAAGAUUUUAAUCACGACUCGGACAGUUCAACGAUAAUAGAUAGCAUGCCUGAUAAUAGAAAUUCUACAGCCCAUGAGUCUGCUUCUCAAGAUGCAUCAUUGCAACAUAUCUUAGGGCUAAAACGCUCCCCUAGUGCGAUUCGCGACGAUGACGAUAGCGCAAACCGUAAGAUAGUAAGAUUUGUAGCUGAUUAG